UUGCAAAAGAAGUGGGAGACAAAGCUGGAGAAGGACGGGCUUAUGGAAAUCUUGGCAAUGCCUAUCAGAUGUUAGGCGAUUUUCAUAAGGCUAUCAGUUACCACGAGCGUCAUCUACAAAUUGCAAAAGAAGUGGGAGACAAAGCUGGAGAAGGACGGGCUUAUGGAAAUCUUGGCAAUGCCUAUCAGAUGUUAGGCGAUUUUCAUAAGGCUAUCAGUUACCACGAGCGUCAUCUACAAAUUGCAAAAGAAGUGGGAGACAAAGCUGGAGAAGGACGGGCUUAUGGAAAUCUUGGCAAUGCCUAUCAUAGCUUAGGCGAUUUUCAUAAGGCUAUCAGUUACCACGAGCGUCAUCUACAAAUUGCAAAAGAAGUGGGAGACAAAGCUGGAGAAGGACGGGCUUAUGGAAAUCUUGGCAAUGCCUAUCAGAUGUUAGGCGAUUUUCAU